AUGCCUGUAAUAUCGAUGUGCAGUAUUCGAGAUUUAGUGCUAUCUCUUCCUAAAGGCUUCCAAAUACAUCUGCCCAAUGAUUGGUUGAAUACAAAUGUUUUGGGUGGUGGAGCAUCAGAACCAGCCGGAUUGAAUGGUUCACCACAACCCGGUGUCGUAGUGCUCGAGCACAGAGAACCAUUAUUUGAUAUUAAAAAUGAAAAAGAUGAUGUUAAUAACAUGACUUUUCGUUUAUCUUAUCAAUCAAUUGCUAUGCUUAAUAAAAUUAUAAAGUUGUUGGAUGAUACAGGUCUUUCAUUUAACAAUAAAUUUCGUCUUGAACUUCGACGUGCAUCAUUUAAUCAUAAAGAUAUUAAAAAUCAAUCAUACGAAUUGAGAAUGAACGUUGAUCCAGUUACUUGGUUUAAUUUACAAUGGUGUCAAUGUGGUGAUAUUUGA